CAAACAAUUAAAUGGUGCACGAAGUAUUAGUUUAGCAGGGUUAAGUGGCACAGCGGGGGCUCGAGAAACGCAGGAGAGAGAACGAUGGCGCCGGAUUACCCUUCCGAUCUGAUCCAAGACAUCAAGAUCCGCCUGCGUCAGGCCGCUGGCGUGCCUUCAUACGAUCCCGGCGACCCUGCUCUCGGCUCAUUUCCAUGCGUCGCCGAUGCCGUGGCUGCUCUUGAUCCCACUCUCCCCGACUACCUUCGCUGUAAGAGAUGCCAUGGAGGACUUUUGAGAGGUAUCAACUCGACAAUCUGUAUCUUCUGCGGCGCAGAGCAGAGAGGGGAGGAUUUUUCCCGGACGAUCUCCUUCAACUACACCGUGGGUUACCAGAAAUUCCUCAAAUCCCUCGACCUUGACGGUUCGGAAGUGGUUAAUUUGGAAGCUGAAUCAAAAGAGUCAAGUAGGGGCAAGGAUUCACCGAAAGUUGGGGUGACAUUGUCUAAUAUUUUGGACUUGAAGUUGAGGUGGCCAAGAGAGAGAGAAGAAAUUGAUAAUAGCAAUAGCAACGCGGCUCCUUCUCAGGUAGCCCUUGUAAGUUUAUCAGGUGUGAAUUUGGAUAAUUUUUUCUCUGAUCAGAAAAAUGAGGUUUCCUCCAGGUCUAGUACUUCUCAAGUGAGUGGUCAUGGUGCAAACUCAUUUUCAGUUGAAUUGGACAGUUCCUUCUCUGUUACAAGAAAUGAAACAGUUUCCGGUGCUCAGAAUGCAACUGUCGAGCAAUUUAUGCCUAGAAAACAGGAUGUAAUUACUCAUGCCAAUUUAUCCUCCAGAUCCCAAAAGUUUAGUUUUUCUGAACGACAGAAAUCAUUAGAUGUAGCAAAUAGUUCUGCUGAUGCCGAAGGUAGCAAUUCGGAUGAUGCUUUUGCUGAUUGGGAAACCGAUUUCCAAUCUGCCAGUUCUGCAACAUUUGAGGCCACGUCCAAACAAAUUGAUCCCGUACAGUAUGCUCUAGACUUUCAAUCUGCUAAUCCUACAUUAGUCACCGCUGAAACUGAGUCAAGAACUAUGGAUCUUUUCCAUAAUCCUAUUGGCUACCAGUCAGCUAAUUAUGUAACAGUUGGAACAGAGUCCAAGAAAAUUGAUCCCUUCCAGAAUUCUUCGAACUUUCAACCUGAGAAUCCUACAGUUCUUGCCAUGGAGUCCAGAACAAACGAUCUUUUGCAAAAUUCUGUGGACUUUCAGUCUGCAAACUCUGUAGCAGUUGCAGCAGAUUCAAGACAUGUUGAUCUUUUCCCGAGUCCUGCAGGCUUUCAAUCAAGAAAUUUGGAAACCGUUGAAAAAGAGUUAAGGUAUAUCGAUCAUUUCCAGAAUUCUGGUGCAGACUUCUCUCCAAUUAUCAUACCAAAGUCAGAUCAAAACACAAAUAUGGGGCAUAAUUCCAGCAAUGAUGACACUGGUGGGGUUCUAACGCAUGAAGUAGACGAGGCUAUCUCACAUAAUGAUUGGCUUCAGAAUGAAAUGUGGUCUCAGAGUCCAAAAAUAUCAAAGGAAACCGGUCGUUUAGACGGUAUUAGUAGUAGCAUUUUUGUAGGUGAACUUAAGAAUGAAGAGAAAGAAACAACUUCUGUGAAGGUUAGCUGGACUCAAGAUGAUUUAUGGCAGAGAAGUGUAAAUGAAAUUAAUAAUAAAAGCUUUAAUCACCAUGAUGAUGACUUGUUUGAUGAUUGGCAAGAUUUUAGAACUGCAACCAAUGCAUCAGGAAAUUUGUCAGUUUUGCAAUCACUAACCAGUGACAAGGUUCAUGUCCUUCCUUUAGAAGCAAACUCAGGAGAUUUAGAGGAUUUGGAAUUUGGUUGUUUCAUACAAUCAGAUUCAUUUUCAUCUGCUUUGAAUGGUCUGCAAAGUCCAAAUCAUGUCAAUACUAGACAACAAGGGGGUGAUUCAAUUGCAAACAGGGAAAAUCAAAGUAAUGAGAAAAUUGGCACCGCAACCGCUCUUUCUAGCGGUUCAGAUAUCAAUGCGAAUACUCCUAAUGCUUCUGAUCUGGAUGCUUCCCAAUACAAAGUGGAUAUGCUGCUGGCUCAGAUGCCAGACCUCUCGUUCAUGCUUGAGGAAUCCCUCUAUAUUCCGAAGAAGCCCAGCAGUUCUGAGCUGAAUACCUGAUUCUGGUUCCAGUUGUACAAUCCAUAAGGUUUGUCAUUUAUCCCAAUUUCGGAUAUUUUUGGCUUGUAGCAAUGAGUUUACAUACCUUUGGAGCAAGCAAGAGCGAGAGGAUUAUAAAAGAAAAUAAUAGCUGGCUUUAAAGAACCGAGACAAGCAUUAUUGAAAGGAAGAAUCCUUGAUACAAAAUGAUCUUUUUGGAUUCCCUUAGAUAUUUCUGGGCUAUUCAAAAGUAUUUACUAUUUCAUUGUAUUUAAUAGACAGCUGAGAUGAGAAGAGCAUAGAGAGGGGUUUCCAUGUAAAAUAUUGUCGGUUCAAACCGUCUUUUGAACUGUUUUUCUAUCCAUUGGUCUUCCUGCUGCAGUUAUUCCCAGAAUGUUUUCUCUUUCUUAAAGGGUUAUGUGAUGUGUCCCUGUCUUGUUGCUACUUGCUAAUGUUUUUUCCUGCUAUGAUUGCUUGCGGAUGUUA